AUGCUCCCAAGCAGCCCUCCAGGCAGAACUGGACAACUGAGGUACCUUCUGGGCUGCGUGCUGGGAGUCGAAUCCCUGCAGCAUGCAGGUGGGGAGGCUUGGCCCCUCACGCUGCUUGCCAGUGGAGACAGUCUGCCACUGGUUCUCAAGAUUUCGACAUCGGACCACAGCGCCUACCGAACGUUGCAGAGUGAUAUGAUGGUGCGGAUCACUUCUCGCGAUGUGUCGGUACUAGCCUUCGAUGCUGGACUUGCGCAAUGCCAGGACAUCAUGACAGAGACGGUGAACCUUCCCGCCCCGCACACUUGCGCAACAUCGUUCGACGGGUCGGCUCUUUACCUGACCUUCUUCGAAGACUAUGCCUUGCAGCCGGCCACGACUUAUCUUUUCGCGACGCGGCUGCGACUGCUGUCUCCCGGAACUAUGCGUCAGCGGACGCUGCUCUGUGAAAUUUUGGAGGAUUUCGAGGUCAUUGACAGGUUUGGCAUUGUGAUCGGCACCAUUGCUGCCAUGCCACCGCAGCCGAGCCUCCAACUGUCAGAGUUCCGAAUCUCCGCGGUCGCCCUUUCUCGCGAGCAGGAGUUCGUCCUCGAGGUUCGCCUUGCCGCAGCCUCCGCUGCAACGGCUGUGGACCCUGGGGCCCAGGGCAGCGUGCUGAUUUGGGCCAGGCCUCUGAUGCUCUGGGAUUUCUCUGCCGUGAGCCCCUGCUCCGUAGAGAUCGGCAGCGGUGCCUCCGGCCUCGUGGGGGGAGGCACCUGCACCUUCCUGCGAUUCCCGGAAAGCAGCACCGCGUCGGUGGCCGACAGCAUCGGGCUCAAUGCCAUCCGGCUGGUGCCCGCCGGCAAGAUCGGAGUGGAUCCUGUCACGUUCCGAUUCCGCCUGCGGGCGCCCAGCGCGGGAACGCUCGGGGUGCGGUGGUUUGCUCAGGCACAGCAGCUCGGCCUGCCUGCGCAAGCCGCCUUGACCUCGGACUCGGGCUUGAGCGUUGCACCCGUGCCGACAGCUUUGGUCAGCUACGUCCGGAACCUGGCAGCCAGCGCCGACAACACCGUGCAGAUCGUGUUCAAUGCAGGGAUUACAUUCGCCGGCGGGGGCCUGCUUCGCGUUGAUGUGCCAAGCUCUUUCCAAGUCGUCGUCGCCGAAGUGCAGGUCAGCGGGUACGGGCGUCUCAGUAGCAGCCCCAGCAUCCUUUUGGACCCUCACAGCGUCACCAUCGAGCUGGGCAACACAGACGCCCUUUGGACAGGAGUCAGCUACUCGCUGCUCCUGCGCGUCCAAAACCCUGACAUGGCUACACUGCCCCGGGCCUGCACCGACGUCUUGUCCGCCUUGGUGAUCGAUUCGGACCUCCUGGGUAUCUUAGCCACCUCUGACUUCACGCCGGCUGCCCCGGAAGCUUGGAGCAUCUACCUGGAGGUGGGUCGACCGGUGCAGGCCACAGGCACCGCGGCCAUCGGAGCGAUGAACAUCUUGCUGCCACUGCAAGGAGCUUUCCUCUCGCCCAGCAACCUUGCCGUGGACCAGCUGAAUACCCUGCAGGUGUUUUUCAAGACCUCCCUGAGCCUCUUGUCGACGGACGCCUCCAUAGCCUUGCAGGGGCCGGAAGAGUUUGCCUUCCUGUGCCUCAGCUUCUCAGCGCCGGCAGCCUCACAGACAGUCUUCCCGCAGCUGCUGGAUCCGGGCUGCCUGUCUGCGGAUGGCCUGCUGUCUCUGAGCCUGUCUCCUGGGCAGUUCUUUGCGGCAGGGACGGCCUUCUCUUUCCAGAUAGAGGUGAUCAACCCAAGUCUGAGCCAGGCAGCUGCCAUUCAGAGCCGUUCGGGGGCGUUGGAGGCCCGGUACUGGGCCUUCGACCUAUGGUCCCUCUCACUGCAGUCGCGGGGCGUUUCGUGCCAGACGGCUCCUUUGAGAUCUCCCUACGGAGGAGGGAGCUGGCAGCUCUUCGCGCGGCAGCUGAAGGUGCAGAGCUUCCACUUCAGCGGCUUCGGUCCCGGCGCGGAGGCCUUUGUGAGCUUGGCCUACCGGCUGACGGGUCGCAUCUGGGGAGGCAGUGAGAUGUACAUAAUGGGCCCACCUGGCUAUCUCUUUGUGUCGAACAUCGAUGUCGAUGCAGAGUCGAACAGUGUGGAAAAGACGCUUCCCAUUGGUGUGCCGGUGAUCAACAGCGCGCGACCACACGAGGUCAUGCUGCCCAUCACCGACAAUGCCCUUGAAGGAGUGCUCUACGGGUUCCGGGCGAAGAUUCAGAAUGCCCUGGUGUCGCCCAGCUCUCAGGAGGAACCGACAGCGAACCGUUGGACGGUUCAGGUGAUCGUUGCAUCCGGCCUCACCAGCUUAGCGGGCCGCGCAGAGGCCGGCAGCUUUGAGGGAGCGCCCCUGGAAGUCCUCCGCGCCUGUGACGUGGCGGCCUCUUCCCCGGUCUUCCUCGCGCAGAAUCAGGUCACCGUCUCCUUCCUCGUGUCCAGAAGCAUCUACACCAGCGAUACCUCUGUGGGAAACAUCCACGUCACAGCUCCCCUCGGCUUCAGCUUCCCGACGGUCUGCCAGGUGGAUGAUGCCAUUCCAACGUUGGAGGAGGUUUCGACCCGCGUCAUCACUUCUCUGUCCUACACCUCUUGUGAGGGCUUCGUGAACACGGCCGUGAUCCGGCUCGCCAGGGCGACGGCGGUACCACGCGGAAGCCAGGUUCGUCUGCGCAUCCAGCUCGUGAACCCGGCCCAGCCUCCUUCGGAGACGAGGUGGAACGUUGCGACUUUCCAGGGCUUCGCCAAGCUUGAGGAGUGUGAGAAGACGGUUCCGACGUUCCAUCUUCUGCAGCCCUUGAACCAGGCCCUGGUGGCUAGAAGCGCCACAGGGCAAGAUCUCCGCCCCGGCUCGCUCAGCGUGUACGAGUUCUUCUUCGCGUACCCGGAGCGCACUGCCGACGAAGCGGCCAAUGUGGGCUCCGGCCUCGUGACGCGGAGCGAGGUGCAGAUCACGUUGCCACAUGGUUUCCGAGCGCCACCGGACUGCCUUUCAGGCGUUAGCAGCAGCGCCAGCAGCUUGGGUGCCACGGGCAGCACGGCAGCCAAGCUGCCGGACUUUGUCGCUUGCAUCGGCUCCGGCCGGAUUUUCAUCGCCACCUUGAAGAGCCUCAUAAGCCCGCUGGUGACGUACCGGAUGAGCAUCACCGUUCAGAAUCCCCCAGCAGACUUCGAAUACUCCUCCCAAAACUCGCGGUGGCAGUUGCAAGUGGAGUCGGCCGCAGUGGGUGGCCUGGAGGGGCCUGCGCUUCGGACCCUGACAGAGGUGCAGAUCCUGCCAGGCAACGUGCACGAAAGCAGCACGGGGUUCUGCAUGAUCCACUUCCGGACGGCUUCGCAGGUUCCAGCUUCCGGCUCCGUUUACGUUGAAGUGCCCGCCGACUUCGAUGCGGACUGUUCCGGUGGCCUCUACGACGCACAGACGAACGAGUUGGGAGGCAAUGCUGUCGCGCAGGGGACGCCCUGCGUGGUGCAACGGGCUGAGUUGCCGGGGCAGCCGCACGGCUUCGUUCUAGGUCCCUUGACGACCCCUUUGUCCAGCAACGCGGCCUACCUGCUGGCCUUGGGUCUCCAGACCGGCGGCCCAAACUCCGACACCUCCGCCACCUGGACGGUGAAGACGCGGCUCCCGGAUGGCGAGAGCAUCGACACCUCCCGGCCCAUCCCCACGUUUCAGGUCCGCCGGCUCCUGGGCUCCAUGGCCUUCACGCCCCCGCCGCUGACAUCUCCGGUGGGCGAGGCCUAUCCUGUGGACGUGGACUUCACCCUCGCAGUGGCGGUAAGGGCGGGUGCGCUGGUGCUGUACCCUCCGCCCUACGUGAGUGCGCUUUGCGAGAGCCCGCAGGCACUUGCCACCCAAAUGCUACCUCAAGGCACCAGCUGCCAGACAGAGGGCGCUCCCACUGGGUGGAGGAGCUUCCGGCUGGUGCUUUGGAGCCUCUCCUCGCCGUGGUCCGCCAGCCGCCCAUACCACCUCCGUGUGUUGGCCGAUGCCCAGGAGCUUCCGUUCUUCCGGCGGAGCUGGACGGUCCAGCUCUUCGCCGGCACCCAGAUGCAAGCUUCCCAGGAGACGCAGGCCAGCUUCGGCGCUUUGGCCUCCCUCCCAGGCUUCGUGGUGGGCUCCCUCUCCGUGUCGCAGUGGCGCUGGCGCGGGUGGCUGGCGGAGCUCUCCGUGACCUGCCAGAACCCGGCGCAGGGCGCCCGGAGCCAGGUGAGCGUGGAGUUCGUUGGACCGGAGAUUGCUCCUGGAGACGAGGUCUGGAUCCGGGCCCCUCCGGGAAUUCUGCUGCACCCCUUCUCCUGCUACGUCCAGGGCCCCGGGGUGUCCUCUGGGGCACCGAUACCGGCUCCCUGUGAGGUUCCCGAGCCCUCCAACGAGCCCUGCUUUCCGCACGUCUACGAGACGCAGCCCUGCGCCGAUGCUGCAGAGGGCCUCCUGCCGGAAGAUCGAGGCUUCGCCCACCGCCAGGGGAUGAAGCUGAGCUUGGGGGGCAUCGCGGCCGGGACGCCUCUUCGGAUUCUGCUCGAGGCAACGCCGCUGAUCGCCGCCCAGGCCGGCAAGUGGCUGGUGAGCACCUGGCGAGACGUUUUCGAGAUGGCCGUGGCUACAGCAGAUGGCUACUCUGUCUGGCACUGGAUGGAGGUGAGCUCCUUCCGGCCUUCCACCCUUCAGCCAAACGAGCCUGCAACGCUGUCCAUCGAGUGGUGGAUGCUGUCGCCGUUACAGGCCGGCGGUCGCCUUCGCCUGCGCCCUCCAAACACCGAGCUGGGAUCCUUCGACCUCUCCGGGGCCCUGGAGCGCUUCUCCUGGGGAAACCUCCCCCACACCGGGGACGCUCAGGUGCAGGCCGCUCAGGCUCUGCAAGCAAGCGCUCGGAGCCUUGAAGUGGCACUGUGCUGUGAGUUGCUGAGCAGAAGAAGCUACCACUUCGAGUUUGGCGUCCGCCAUCCAACAGCAGACAGGAUGCCAGAUCCCGCAGAACUCGAAUUGAAUGUGUGGAUAUUUGAGACGCUGACGGCGGAAGGGUCUGUGAAACACUAUGGACAGAUUCGCGGCUACAGGAUCUUCCGAAGUUUCGCCCGGGCAAGCGUGGAGCUCGAGAGCGAGUUGUUGGUGGGCGGCGUGGGUCAGGGACUGCAGGAGCGGACAGUGUCGGUCAGCUUCUCACUGCCCUUCGCCGUUGCCCUGCACAGCAGAAGCAGGCUGCGGCUCUUGGCUCCGCGUGGAUGGCAGUUCCCGGACAACUGCGACUUGAGUGUGCAGCUGGGGCCUUUUACGACAGUGGCCAGCUGCACAGCAUCGCAGAACAUGCUGAGCCUGCUUAUUUCCGGCAGCAUCAACCCGGGCAUCGAGGGAAGGUCCUUUGGGAUCCAGGUGGCAGUGAAGCCUCCAGUGAGUGUCGCGAUCCACGACUUCUGGUUCUUGGAGGCCUACGGGGCGGUCGGCACGCCAGACACACUGGUCGAUCCGAACAGGUACGAAAGCUUGGACUUCAACUUGGAGCCUCGCUUGGCCUUGCCCGUCUUGGGCACCGCCCGGCGCCAGGGGGCAACGGGUGGCACAGCCGUGGCCCAGGUGCUACUUUCGGCCCAGCCUCCCGAGUCGCGGCGGACUUGGAGGCUCCCCGCCUCCAUGGUCGCAGCGCUGAGCUUCUCUCUGCCGACAGUGCCCUCGCGGCUGGUCAACGCCUCCCUGAGGGUCUCCGUGGAGAUCGACUGGGUGGUGCUUCGCUGCUCGCUGCCCCCGCGCCCAUUUCACACCGGGAGCCUUCCCCCUGGAGCCCAGUGCUUCGAUUCUUCGAGCACAUCACGGCAGAUGCGGCAGACGGAGGUUGUGAUCACCAUCGACGACCUCAUUCCGCUUCGGGCAGGCAUCUACAACUUCUCUCUGGUGGUCGUUACACAGUCGGGGAUGCCGCACAUCGAGGCCUUCGCCUGGCCGCGUGCGUCGUCCUGGGCUUUGAGCCUGGGCUCCGGGUCCCUCGACUUCAGGACGACUAUUGCGGCUGCUGCUGCGUUUGAGGGCAGGAACCUGCCGGCCAUGCCGUUGCCAGAUCUAGCCGUGACCACGACGACGGCUCAGACCAACGUCCUGACGACGGUCUAUCUCCUGGUUGCCGUGCCGGUGAAAAUUACCCUGCCCAUGUCCUUCGAGAUCCAACCGCCACAGGGCUUCCGUUUCGACACGGCCCCGUCGCCCCUGCAUCCAGCGCUUCUGGAUUCUUCCCUCAGCAAUCCUUUCCGCUCCCAGAGGACCUGGGAGCCCGGCCAGCGCGACGUCCAAGACCCGGCCCGGGUGCCCUGCCCGUUCUUCGAGCUGAUGAUCGAGGACCCCCCUUAUCGGGACAUCUCCACCGACAGCGGCCGCCGAAGCCUCUGCUCUUCGUUGGAGGGUGAUCUCAGUGCUUCGGUCUUCGCAGCCUGUGCGGCGGACCGCUACGUGUCGCUGCCCCGAACCCAGGUGGCGUGUUUCGUAGUGCAAGGCAAAGUGGUGAUGGACGUGCAGGCUCUCGCCAGCCACUGCCAGAGCUGCGGCGAGAGAGCAGUGCUUGAGGCGGGGCAGUAUCAGCUGGCGCUCAGGGGCUUCAACCCGCCGGUGGUCCCGAUGGUCCACGAGGAGGAGCUGCCGAAGCAUUCCUGGAGAGUGACCCUUCUUCGGAGGGCCGCGAACCGAGUGCCCAACUUGAACGAAACCUUCUCGGCCGUGGCCUUUGGCAGUGUGCCCAACUUUCCACUGGACGAGAGUACCAGCACCACCGGCCUUUGGCGAGGAAGGACCUUCCCACAAGAAGCUGAUGGGGUUGCGUCGACUGUGGUGCCAGCCGAUGAUCGAUUGAGCGCGAGUAGGUAUAUCAGUCUGACUUGA